AACGCGUUUUAAGUUUGGACCUCUGCGUUCCCUGUAGGAAACCAGGAAGUGUCACACGACAAACCUAUGCCGGCGUGACUGUACAGUAGUUGUUUAUAUCAUUCUCAGUACACCAAGUAAGGCAGCAGAGGGAAACAGAAGUAGCGACCGUCCAGCUCUUCUUUUCCAAUGAACAAGGACACAGGAGCCCCUGCAGUGCCGCUACUGUCUGGUUUGGGGCAGAUCACGGAACAUUUAUACCUUAGCAGUGGCAGAGCAGCAAACAAUAUUGUGCUGGUCUCAAAAAGUAGGAUCACCUGUAUUAUCAAUGUCACCCAAGACGUAGUGAACACGCAUUUCCCAGCCGUCGAGUAUGUCAGAGUACCAGUCGCCGACUCACCUCGUUCCCGCUUGAAUGAGUAUUUCGAUUUGAUAGCUGACAGGAUUGAAGAGGAAGGAGCGAAGAGCGGCCGCGCUUUGGUGCAUUGCAAUGCGGGCGUCAGUCGAUCCGCAACACUGUGCCUGGCGUAUCUGAUGAAAUACCGCAAUAUGACAUUGUUGGAAGCGCACCGUUUGGUGAAGGCUCGCAGGCCCAUCGUGAGACCCAAUAAUGGCUUCUGGAAGCAGCUGAUAGAUUAUGAGAAUAGACUUCACGGAAAGGUUACUGUCAGAAUGGUAACAUCGCCGAUUGGGGAGAUACCAGAUAUAUAUGAAGAGGGCACCAAAGGGAUGAUUCCAUGCUAAAUGUGUUUUUACCACUCACUAUACUUGAACGAAGCUAGCUUGACCCCCCUAUCAUGUAAUACAGUUAUCUUGGGUGUAAAAUGCAACUUAAAACACACAUUCCUUCAUGAUCAGAUACCCAAUGUGCCUGAAAUUGAUGCGUUUCUGAAUGUGUUUGUGAUUUUCUGCAUGACUACAAUAUCAAACAUAUUUAACAGAGGGACCAAGUGUUAUUAAUGUCAGUUAUACUGGCACAGGAUGAUGGGUCAAAACACAGGUUGUGUAUGUAGACCAAAUAGCAGUUGCGCUAAUGCACUGCAAUAGUGAAGUCGUUUUUUGCAGUCAGUAUUACAAUGAAAAUCGACACUUUAACUAUUGCACAUGGCUUAAGCAACACAUGGUGUUAGUUUAAUGUUAUAUACAAUGGGUUGUAUUUCUAUAUAUUGGUUGUGUUGUCCAUAACUUUGUAUGUGACUGUCGAUCUUUAUACUUCUCGUUUUUGGUUAACAGAAACGUGUUUAAAAUAAAAACUACAAUAGAAAUAUAUUUGAUUUGUUGUCUUUUUGUACCUUUCUGUCAUGACAAAAUAACAGGUGUCCCAUAUGUUUUAAAAUAAUGUAUGUAUUUCAUAAGGUGUUGGUUGUGUUCAUUGAUUUAAACAACAGAUAGCAGU